GGGAUGGAAAGGCAGUUGAUGCUUAUUGGCUGUUGAGCCGCUGCGUGUCAGCGGGGUAUAUUUCCGUUUCGAUAGCAGCAGGGCGGAAGUAGCAGGAUGUUGGGGGAUUUGCUGUUGUUCGGGACUCUGUUGGUCAAUGCCGGAGCAGUGUUAAAUUUCAGGCUGAAGAAGAAAGAAAAUCAGAGCUUUGGUGAAGAAGGAAGAGCACCAACAACAGGUGAUAAUAUCAGGGAGUUUCUGUUGAGCUUAAGAUACUUUCGGAUCUUCAUUGCCCUGUGGAAUAUUUUCAUGAUGUUUUGCAUGAUUGUGUUGUUUGGAUCUUAAACAAUUUUGACUGAACUGACAAAGACACCUUAACCUUCGGCAAUUUGCAGAUGACUUCCAACUGGAAAUAUAAAAUACUCCUAAGUAAAAGAUUUGACAUCAUUUUAGUAUUGAGUUCUGGCAUAUUUUUACUACAAAUAUCAAAGGAACAGUCCCCAUUCCCUCUUUUCCCCUGUUCUUGAUUUUCCCCUAGUUUUUGUUUAUUUUGUUAUUUGGUUAAUGAACAAAUAAACUUUCAGCCCUGUGAAGGGUUAUGCCUGUAGGCAUGACACCCAUGGAGAACAGAGCUUUUAUGUGAAGAUAUGAAGAAAUGUAAGAAGAAAUGUACGUUGAAACUUCAACACAAGUACAAAAAUGGCAUUGCAGUGCAUGCUUUAUCAGUUGUUGGAUUUAUAUUUAGCCUUUAACCCC